CCCUAAGCAAGUCGAUGGAAACAUACUACCAGGAGAGUGGUCGAGCAGGACGAGAUGGACUUCCCUCAGAAUGCUUACUCUACUUUAGACCCGGUGAUGUCCCUAGGCAGAGCUCAAUGGUCUUCUAUGAGAAUUAUGGAUUGCAAAAUCUCUAUGAUGUAGCACGAUAUUGUCAGUCUAAAAGAGAAUGCCGUCGAAGUGCUUUCUUUCGACAUUUUUCUGAGCCAUCACAAGACUGCAAUGGGAUGUGCGACAAUUGUGUCAUUUCAAGGAAGAUCAAGGAAGUGGAUGUCUCCGGUACAUGCUUUCCUCUUUAG